GAGUUUGGACAGAUUCCUACCAACCUGAAUAUGGUUUCUCCUCAACCCACAGAGGCCGAGUGUCGCUGGGCUGACACGGAACUCAACAGGCGGAGGAAGCUGUUCUGCAGCAAAGUGGAAGGAUACGGCAGCAUCUGCAGCUGCAAAGAUCCGGCACCAAUAGAGUUCAACCCAGAUCCUUUGUACAACAACAAGGUCUUCAACGUGCCCGUUGCGGUCAUUGCAGGGAACAGACCCAACUACCUGUACCGGAUGCUCAGAUCUCUGCUGUCUGCUCACGGCGUAAACCCACAGAUGAUCACCGUCUUCAUCGAUGGAUAUUAUGAGGAACCAAUGGAUGUGGUGGAACUGUUUGGCCUGAAGGGGGUUCAGCACACGCCCAUCAGCAUCAAGAAUGCCAGAGUCUCUCAGCACUACAAAGCCAGUCUGACUGCAUCCUUCAACCUUCACCCAUUAUGGUGGAAGAUGGUUCAGUCCUGAUAGAUGCCUCUGCUGUUCCGUCACAGUGGGCCGGACACUUGGAGCAGUUGCUUCUGGCUCAUGUUCCUGGUGAGA